ACACAUACAAUUUAAAAAAAAAGAAAAGAAAUAAAAAAGACACAGCUUCUUCUCUGCUGGCACCAACAGUUACUCUCGAGGAAAGCCUGUUACCAUGGCACAAGGAAACUCAGGCAGCCCUUACUCCAGAAAUGAGAACUGAGGUCUUUGGCCAGGAGCUAACCAGGAACUAGGAGGCACAGGCAUGAAGCAGCAGAGAUGGUACUGGAUGUCAGCGAAGACGGGCACAGUGCUGUCAGGGGUCUUUUCCAUCAUGGCCACCCACAUGCACCUCAUCUUCGAGAGGAAGCACCUCGGGGGCGCCAACUGCACAGAGGUCCUCCAGAGUCAGGGUAUCAACAUAGUGAGGCAAUUCUUCAUCUGCUGGAGCUUCAGGAUCGUCGUCCUCCUGUCCAUCGUCACCAUGGCGGUCAGCUGCUUCCUCCUGUAUUCUGUGUACGCCCAGAUUUACGGGGGCCUCAUGAGCUACACCAUCUGGAUCUUCACCUACGAGUCCACCAACCUGGCCAUCCAGAUCCUCACCAAUGAGUUCAGCAUGGCUCUGGUCAGAGCCAUGCGCUGGUUUGGCUGGGUGACCCGUGCGUCCCUACACAGCUUCUGUCUGUACUUUGUCGUCUCCCAUGCCCAAAUCAUCUACCAGAGCAAAAAACAGGGCAACAUACUCUCUUACCAUAGGCGGAUCUCUUUGGGAAGCAGAGACACAACACGGCGGAAAUCAAAGAUUCUCAAUUUUAUCCCCCAUUACAAUGAUUAAAGGUGGCCAUUUCCAACCCGGGAGGUCCUCAGGGGAGUCCUAGUCCCCCAGUCCACCUUUUUUCAGGGGCGGGGGUGCUUUUGCUGUAUCUUUAGCCUCCACCCCUACCUCUGUCUCCUGCUAUAGUCCAAAUACGUCAAUAAAAUGAGAAAAACCA